UUUCAUUAAUGGUUCAAACAAGAUUCACUAUCUUUCUUAUUCUACUCUUUCACAAACGGAUCCGAACUUACUUCUUUGGAUCUUAUCCCAUUCAUACAAAUGAACAUAUUAUAGUAUAGGCAAGUAAUCCCUAUUAUUAAGUAAGUCAUUCACAAUCCAUAUCAUUAUUCUGACAUUUACUAAGUCCAAUUUGAGAAUACUUUUUUCUUUUUUAGUCCCUUUAAUUGACAUAGAUACAAGUACUCUACUAGGAUGAUGCACAAGAAAUGGUCAGGAUAGCUCAGUUGGUAGAGCAGAGGACUGAAAAUCCUCGUGUCACCAGUUCAAAUCUGGUUCCUGGCACAGAAAAAAGGAUCUACCGAAUAGGUAUUGAUACAAAUUACUCGAGAUGGAUUGGGAUACAUAUUAUAGAAUAAUAUAGAAGGAGUAUGAUUUUUGCAUCUAAGUAGAGAAAUCUCUAAAUAGAGAGACUUCUUUUUCUUUAGGGUCAAAAUCUCGGGUUCUUUUCUUUAUGGUACAGAAGGAGGUGAGAUUAGGUUCCCUUUUCUUCAUUUUUGCAUUUCUUAUUCUGCUAUUCCGAAUAUUUUUAUAUUCUUGCUUAUCUUACUUUCCUAGUUGUUCUAAGUAAUGCGCGCGGUACAAAGUUCGUGGUAGGGAACUUCUUUGAGUCAUCGUAUUUUUCUGUUUAUACGAAGGAAAUGAAUAUGUGAUUUUCCAAAUUGGAGAAUCGAAAUGAAGCCCUUUUUUGCUCAGUCUAUCUGGACCCUUUUGUAUAAUAGGAAUUCAUUCUAAUGAAAAUAUAGUAGGUAUUCCGUUUCGUCUAGGAACAGAACGUAAAAAUAUUCCUUGACUUGAAUAAAAUCUGGAGUUGUGUUGUAUAAGUGAGCAUGAAUUUCUUAUCAUUCAAUGAGCAUCUUGUAUUUCAUAGAAAUUGGGGGUUAUAUAGUCCUUACGUAAGGGCCAGCCUAUCCAACUUUCAGGCAUUGGGAUACGUUUAAGGCGUGGAUGAUUAUCAUAAGAGAUUCCCACCAUAUCAUAAGAUUCGCGUUCUUGAAAAUCGGCACUUCUCCAAAUCCAGAAGACAGACGGGAUUCUAGGAUUAUCCUUUUGGGCAAAGACUUUUAUGCUGCAUACUUCUUCUUUUCUAUCGGUACCAUACUGUAUUCUCGUAAGAUGAUACAAGCUAGCUAAAGAUCCACCAGGUGCUACGUCAUAAGCACAUUGGGAACGUAAAUAAUUGUAACCAUAUACAUAUAAAAUGACAGCAAUGGAAUCCCAAUCCCCUGCUUUUAUUUGUAAAGUCUCUAUUCCUCGGUGAUCGAAGCCCAAAGAUCUAUGAACCACCUCAUGUUUGACUAGCCAAUUAGAUAACCAACCCUGCUGCAUUGUCUUGAUCUCUCCCCCUUUGUAUAAAUAUUUCACAUUUCGAAUGCAAGUUUGAAAGAUUGCCCUGCUCUUUCUUUUUCUGCACAAAAGAGCCCUUCCUAAUUCACUAAUUUGUAGGAAGAUACUGGACUUUUGGAUUUGAAAAAAGUUUCAGAAGAUAUGUCUAAAGUAGACGGUGAUUGAUAGAGCAAUUCUUGCUCGUAAGUUCCAGUAUGAGUACAGCGCCGAACAUAAAGCUUGUGACUGGUAGAUCGAUUUCUCUUUUGAGAUAGAGUUCGAUCCUCAACUAUUUCUCGCGAUAUCUUCUUACGAAGUUUUGUUAGAGCAUCUAUAACCGCCUCCGGUUUAGGUGGACAGCCCGGCAAGUAGACAUCCACAGGAAUUAACUUAUCGACUCCCCGAACAGUACUAUAGGAAUCCGUACUGAACAUUCCCCCAGUAAUACUACAAGCUCCCAUAGCAAUGACGUAUUUUGAUUCAGGCAUUUGCUCAUAUAAUCUCACUAAAGAAGGAGCCAUUUUCAUUGUUACCGUACCGGCUGUGAAAAUUUGGUCCGCUUGCCUAGGACUUGAUCUUCUUGGUACCAAUCCAUAAUGAUCAAAGUAGAAUCGCGAGCCUGAAGCAAAUUCAAUGAAACAACAACAGGUACCAUAUAGAAUAGAAGGGGCCAUAAACUGGAGAGUCUUGACCAAUUCGAAAGAUCAUUUGGUGUAGUUGAAAUAACGGAAUUGGAAUCGGUCAAGUAUAGGAAAUUAAUAUAAGAAUGAAUAACUUUCUUAAUGGUUUAUUUUUUUGCUUUUAUUUAUCUUAAUAUUCAUUCCAUUCAGGCCAUUCCAAUGCUCGCAAGCAAGCACGAAAAAGCUUCUAUUUCUAAACGGAAACGCCCAAUACAUCGAAACUCAUUACCCAUGGAUAAAGCCAGUCGAGAAAAAAAAAGAAAACAAACAUGGUUUAGCGGAUUCGGAAUUGUAACCAAGCAUCCUGGGUUCUAUACCCGAUUCAACACUAGAGCAUGCAGCCGAUCCUGGAUACAGAACUAUAGAAAGUGUGCAGUGAGGGAUCUUUAUUGGUAGCCAGUCUUUCACUUCCGCCUCUCCACUCCCAUGCCUUUCUUGGUCGGACCAACCCAACCGGCGAUUUCCGACAAGUCUUUCUGCUUAGAGCAAGAAGCGGAACAAAAAUCAAGCUUUCUUUAUUUUCAUUUAUGGAUAACCAAUCCAUUUUCCAAUAUAGUUGGGAGAUUUUACCCAAGAAAUGGGUACAUAAAAUGAAAAGAUCGGAACAUGGGAAUAGAUCUUAUACCAAUACUGACUACCCAUUUCCAUUGUUGUGCUUUCUAAAAUGGCAUACCUAUACAAGGGUUCAAGUUUCGAUCGAUAUUUGCGGAGUGGAUCAUCCCUCUCGAAAACGAAGAUUUGAAGUUGUCCAUAAUUUACUGAGUACUCGGUAUAACUCACGCAUUCGUGUACAAACAAGUGCGGACGAAGUAACACGAAUAUCUCCGGUAGUCAGUCUAUUUCCAUCAGCCGGCCGGUGGGAGCGAGAAGUAUGGGAUAUGUCUGGUGUUUCUUCCAUCAAUCAUCCGGAUUUACGCCGUAUAUCAACUGAUUAUGGUUUCGAGGGUCAUCCAUUACGAAAAGACUUUCCUCUGAGUGGAUAUGUGGAAGUACGCUAUGAUGAUCCAGAGAAACGUGUGGUUUCUGAACCCAUUGAGAUGACCCAAGAAUUUCGCUAUUUCGAUUUUGCUAGUCCUUGGGAACAGCGUAGCGACGGAUAAUUCCGAAUCUACAUAGGUCUAGUCCAGGGGACAAAUCAAUAGGAAAUGCUAUUUGCUUCUUAAGA